CUCACCAGGGACUUGAUUGACAGGGCGUGCAGUCACGUGACAUAGACCGCGCCAUGUUCCCAGUGCUGAGUUGUAGUUACACAGCCGCCAGCACUUGGGAAAGAAGCAACAGGAACAAGAAGUUUGGUGGAGCUUGCAGAAAGCAAUCAAGAGUUUAUUUUUUUUAAAAACACAGCGAAAACUAAAUGCGUGACAAGAAACAUCAACAUAUUUUUGCAACUAAAGACGAGUACUUUACAAGAGCUGUUUUGAAAAACAAGCCAGGUGUUUGCAUUGUAUGUGUGAACAUUCUGGCUAUUACAAUUUCUUUUGAGUUGCAUAGUUUCUUGUGAGGCUUAUUCUGUGUUUUUUAUUUAAAUUUUUAUUAACGCUUUUAAAGUAAACAGUACAUUUUCAUGGGACUAGGAAACCACACUUUGGAAGAUAACAGGUGAAAACAACGUGUAUUACAUGAAGGGAUAUUAAUCUGAGGAAGAUUGCUUGGAUAAUUAAAAAGGAUUACCAUUUUACAGAAGCCAAGGCUUUUUAAGAAUGGCUGAGGUUGGGACUCAAGAUGCAAGCCCUGAUGAGGCUGCCAACAACGAAUUCAGCAACAUCAUCAAGUCCAGAUCAGAUGAACAUGAUGCAGUACAGAGGAAAACGUUUACAAAAUGGAUAAAUGCACGCUUCACUAAGGCUGGGAAGCCCCUAAUCAAGGACAUGUUUGCGGACCUCAGGGAUGGGCGAAAGCUUUUGGACCUUCUUGAAGACCUCACAGGGAGCGCCUUGACCAAAGAACGUGGAUCUACGCGAGUACAUGCCCUAAAUAAUGUCAACAAAGUUCUUCAAGUUCUGCACCAGAAUAAUGUAGAGUUGGUAAACAUAGGAGGCACUGACAUUGUGGAUGGAAAUCAUAAACUGACCUUGGGCCUAAUCUGGAGCAUCAUUUUGCACUGGCAGGUGAAAGACGUCAUGAAGGCUAUCAUGUCACAUUUACAUCAGACAAACAGUGAGAAAAUUCUCUUGAGUUGGGUCCGGCAGUCAACACGGCCAUACAACCAGGUGAACGUACUGAACUUCACAACCAGCUGGACUGAUGGGCUCGCUUUCAAUGCUAUUAUCCAUAAGUUCAAGCCUGGUCUUUUCAGCUGGGAAAAGGUUCUGAAGCUCUCCCCAGUGGAGAGACUGGAGCAUGCUUUCAACCUGGCCAAACAGCACUUGGCGAUUGAAAGACUCUUGGACCCUGAAGACGUUGCUGUUCCACUGCCAGACAAAAAGUCUAUCAUCAUGUACGUGACAUCCUUCUUUGAGGUCCUCCCUAAAGAAGUCACUAUGGACGACAUUCGUGAGGUAGAAACUCUGCCCAGAAGAUACAAAGUGGAGUGUGAAGAGAGCCAGUUCAACAGUCAGCAGAGUACAGCCUCCGAGGAGGAGACGAGCAGCUCUCGUGCGGAGACCCCUAGCACAGUGACGGAGAUGGAGGUGGACCUGGACAGCUACCAGGCUACGCUGGAGGAGGUGCUAACCUGGCUCCUCUCGGCUGAAGACACUUUGCAGAUGCAAGAGAACAUCUCAAAUGAUGUGGAGGAUGUCAAGGAUCAGUUCCACACCCACGAGGAUUUUAUGAUGGAGCUGACUGCGCACCAGAGCAGUGUAGGCAAUGUGCUGCAGGCUGGGAACCAGCUGAUUGCACAGGGCAACCUGACAGAAGAGGAGGAGGAUGAGAUCCGGGAGCAGAUGUCUCUCCUCAACUCCCGCUGGGAGAGCCUGCGUGUGGACAGCAUGGACAGGCAAGCCAGACUACAUGAAGUCCUGAUGGAGUUGCAACAGCAGCAAUUACAAGAGCUUUCUGACUGGCUGACCGAGACAGAAGCAAGAAUUCGCAAGAUCGAGUUGGAGCCCUUUGCUGAUGAUGUGGAAGCCUAUGAAAAACAGAUGGAGCAACAUAAGGUCCUGCAGAAUGACCUAGAGAUGGAACAGGUGAAAGUAAACUCCUUGACUCACAUGUUGGUUGUUGUGGAUGAGAAUAGUGGAGAGGGAGCCACUGCUGCACUGGAGGAGCAACUGCAGAUACUUGGUGAGCGCUGGGCAGUGGUUUGCCGUUGGACUGAAGAGAGGUGGCACAAACUGCAAGACAUCCACUUAGUGUGGCAGCAAAUGAUAGAGGAUCAGUGCUUGUUCAAAGCAUGGCUUACAGAGAAGGAAGAAGCUUUAAGUAAAGUCCAGACCCGCACCUUCAAAGACCCCAAUGAAAUGAAUGUUAAUGUUCGAAGACUGGCGAUUUUGAAGGAAGACAUGGAGAUGAAACGCAGGACGCUGGACCAGCUCAGUGAUGCAGGACAGGAUGUUGCACAGUUACUGAACAGCAAAAAUACUGCGGACAAAAUUGAUAGUGACAUGGAGGAACUGACACAGAGAUGGGACAACUUGGUUCAAAAGCUGGAAGACUGUUCCAGUCAAGUGACGGAAACGGUGACAGAAUCCGGGUUGUCUCAAAUACAGGAGAAGGCUGUUAUAGAGACAGUCACAAUGACAGAGAAAGUAACCGUAAAACAAUCGAAGCAAGAGCUGCCACCUCCUCCACCCCCCAAGAAACGACAGAUGCACAUCGAUAUGGAAGUCAAAAAACUGAUUGAAAGUGAAUUUGCUGGGAUUCUGAAUUGGAUUUUGAGAACAAGCGCUUCCAUUCAAGCCUUGGAGUUCAAAGACUAUAAGAAGAUGGUAGACACAUCUGGCAUAAAUGAAAAGAUUAAGUCUGUAGAUGCUGAACUGACAGACAAACGGGAGAAGAUGGAGGAGGUGACCAGGUCUGGGCAAAAUCUGUUGGAACAAAUGUUAAAAGAAGGCCUGCCUACAGAAGAAGUACAAAGCACCUUGGAGAAAAUCUCCUCGGAAUGGAAGAACAGUGGCAGACAGCUGGAAGAGCUGAAAAAGAAGGUCCAGUUCCAAGAUGAGAUCAAUGCUUUUUCCAAGGAGCUGCAGGAACUGGAGCAGGUUGUAAAGGGGAAGGAGGCGUGGCUGAAAGAAGUGCCCGCUGAGGCUUCUGAGCAGCGUCUCGUACACACACUGAAGGCAUCCUGUGAGACUGAACUGACCCAGCUAACCAGUCUGAAUCCUCGAGUAGAGAAGUUGGCAUCUGUGGCUGCAGCACUUAGCAGGGAGCCUUCAUCACCAAGCUUUGUCCAGGCUGACCUCAAUGCCCUCACUGCACGCUUCAGGGCAGUGCUGCAGGAACUCCAGAGCAAGCAGCAGCAACUGCACACAGUCCUGGUCAGUCUCCCUACCCAGGAACAUCGGGAAUCUAUAAAGAGCGUAUCAACUCUGCUGGAUGGAGCAGAGAGCAAGCUUUGCUCAAUUCAGAGUGAGGUGGUGGAUCCAGAAACGGCUGAAAACGCAAUAAAGAAUGCAAAGAUGCUUCAUGAAGAAUUGGAGCAACAGCAGCCAAUGAUAGAGAAACUGGCAGCAGUCACAGAAAUACUCCAGGACCAGGACCCAGUGAAUAUAACCAAAGGCUGUCUUGCAGGUUUUGAGGAUGUUCAAGCACGCUGGAAUACAUUGACUUCCAGGGCUAAAGAUGAGGUUUGCACGCUGCAAGAUAUUGCAGCAAAUUUAGGAGAGUUUGAGGAUAAAUCUGGACAAGUUCAGAAGUGGAUGGAUGGAGUGGAAUGCUUUCUGACCAAAGAGAAUGUUGCUUUGGGAGAUACAGAGAAACUUCGGGAGGAAAUGGAACAAUGCACGAUGUUUGUGAAUGAAAUGGAAAAUAUGGAAGUAGCUUUGAAAAGCAUGAAAGACUGUGAAGCAGCUCUAAAACAGAAGUCAUUCCCAGGUCUGGCAGGCUGGGGACAGCCCAGACUAGCAAACUACCAGACAAGAUGGGAGAAACUAGCUAAACAGAUUUUAAGCCACCAUGGUCGGGUAUCUGAGAACCAGGAGAAAACAGAGAAUUUAAGGAAAGACUUGACGGAGAUGCAAGAAUGGAUGAGCCAGGCGGAUGAGGAGUACUUGAUGAGGGACUUUGAAUACAAGACUCCAGAGGAGCUAGAGGGAGCUUUGGAAGAAAUGAAUAGGGCGAAAGAGGAUGUGUUGCAGAAGGAGGUAAAAGUGAAGAUUAUGAAGGAUAGUAUCAACAUGCUGGUGGCAAAGUCACCCCCUGGUGGCCAGGAUUUGACAUUGAAUCUUGCUGUUGUGUUAAAGAAUUACCAGAAGCUUUGUGAUCGAUUUCGGAGCAAAUGUCACACUCUGGAGGAGGUUUGGUCUUGCUGGAUUGAGUUGAUACAGUAUUUGGAUAUGGAGACAAAUUGGUUAAACAAUCUGGAGGAGCAGGUCCAGAACACCGAGAACCUGCUAGACAGCACUGAGGCUGUUAAUGAAGCACUAGAGUCUCUGGAGUCUAUUCUGCGCCACCCUGCAGACAACCGGACGCAGAUCCGGGAGCUUGGACAGACACUGAUAGACGGAGGAAUUCUGGAUGAAAUUAUCAGUGAAAAGCUGGAGGCCUUUAAUACACGCUAUGAAGAGCUCAGUCACCAGGCUGUGAGCAGGCAGAUCUCUUUGGAACAGCACUUGCAGUGUCUUCGUGAGAAUGACCAGCUUCUGCAGGCCCUUCAAGAGUCACUGACACAGUUGGAUCAGGAGCUGACCUCCUACCUGACUGACAGGAUCGAUGCCUUCCAACUUCCACAGGAGGCACAGACCAUUCAAGCCGAGAUUGCUGCCCAUGAAGUCAGUUUGGAGGAGCUGCGACGAAGGAAUGCAGGCAACUUCCCCCCUGUCACCCCAGAGGGCAAGUCUCCUCGUGGGGGUACCUUACUGGACGUACUCCAGAGGAAGCAUCGGGAGAUAUCCACUAAAUACCAGCUCUUCCAGAAACCUGCCAACUUUGAGCAGCGGAUGCUGGAUUGUAAGCGUGUACUGGAUAGUGCCAAGGCUGAACUGCAGGUGUUGGAUGUGAGAAGCGUUGCGCCAGAUGACAUAAAAGCUCACUUGGAUGGCUGCAUGAAACUCUACAAGACCUUGAGUGAGGUGAAAUUGGAGGUGGAGACUGUAAUUAAAACGGGAAGGCAGAUUGUACAGAAACAACAGACUGACAACCCCAAGGGAAUGGAUGAGCAGCUAACUGCUUUAAAAUUCCUUUACAACGAUCUUGGCGCUCAGGUGACCGAAGGGAAGCAGGACCUUGAGAAAGCCCUGCAAAUCUCUCAGAAACUGCAGGAGGAGACGACAUCCCUGCAACAGUGGCUUGUUGCAACAGAGACCAUACUUAACCAGAAGAACACUUCAGAAAACAUGCCAGCUGAUGUUGACGCAGAGGUUGUCUGGGCAAAAGGCGUGCUAAAGGAGCUGGAGAGAAGAAAGGCUGACCUGAGCAGCAUCACAGAGAGCAGUGCAGCCCUGCAAGGCCUAGUGGAGGGCAGCGAGGCUGGGCUAGAGGAGAGGCUCUGUGUGCUCAAUGCGGGCUGGGGACGAGUGCGCACCUGGACUGAGGACUGGCUCAGCCAUGUGCUGAAACACCAGAAUGAGAUGGAGAUCUUCGAUGAGAAUUUGGCCCACAUCAGCACUUGGCUCUACCAGACAGAAAUUUGCUUAGAUGAGACAGAGAAACAGUCCCCAAGCGAGAAGGGGGAAGUCGUCAAGAACCUGCUCACUGAACUGGAUGAUGUCAGUUUACGGGUGGACAGUGUGCGGGAUCAAGCAAUUAUUCUGAUGACCAGCAGAGGGUCGGCUAGCCGUGAAGUUGUGGAACCUAAACUGGCAGAACUAAACCGCAACUUUGAGAAGGUUUCCCACCAUAUUAAAGCUGCCAAGAUGUCUGUGGGUACAGAGCCCCUGACCUAUGAAGUCAGUGUCAGGCAGGAGGGUCAGAAGAUGGAGAAGGCCCCCUCUGGUGACUUACACCUGUUUGACAAGGACCUGCAGAACCUGCUCAAGAACCUGGACAAGCAGCUGGAAUCCCCCAAGCAGCUUCCUCAAGAUGAUGACAAGGUGGAUGAAGAAAAGGCUGUGAUAGAAGAGAUGCUGCAGAGAGGAGAGCAGAUGUUACAGCAAACCUCAGGUGACGGCAAGAGAGAAGAGAUACGCAAGAAACUGUUGAUACUGCAAACCAAGUACAGUACUCUGCGGGAGCUGAAGUUAAUACAGAAGAAGCAGACUGUUGAACUAACUCCAGGAUUUUCUCAGUUUAAACGAGAAAAGGACAGUCUGCUUAACUGGAUGGAUGAGACAGAGAACCGGUUGUCUGGACUGCAUGGAGUUGAAGAUGAUCAGAAGUUACAGGAGUUGCUGCAGGAGCUAGAGUUAAGAAAAGAAGAAUUCAGUGCCCUCCAGAAGAAGGGACAGAACUUAUCCCAGUAUGAAAGUGUAGAAGUGAACAGCGAGCAAGUUGAUAGGCGCUGGCAGGAGAUUGAGAGCCAGUUCUUAUUGUUUCAACAAACACACUUCAAGAGCUCUCAAGUACCUGUGGGUUACGAGGCUGUGGAUGGGCCAUCCCUCUUUGCUUCUGACUUCCUUCUUGAAGUUAACAAAGUCCUACUGGCAAUGGCAGACAUUGAGCUGUUGCUGAAUUCGCCAGAGCUAAACAGUGGGAUAUACAAGGACUUUUCCAGUCAAGAGGAUGCAUUAAAGUAUAUAAAGAACAUGCUUGAGAAACUUGGAGAGCAAGUAGCUGUCAUUCAUGAGAAACAGCCUGAUGUGAUCCUGGAGGCGUCAAGGCCUGAGGUUGUGCAAAUAGAGGACGGGCUGACCCAGCUCAAUUCAGAAUGGGACACAGUUAAUAGAAUGUACAAUGACCGAAAGGGAUGCUUUGACAAGUCUGUGGAGGAGUGGCGACAGUUCCAUUGUGAUCUGAAUGACCUCACCCAGUGGGUGACUGAAGCCGAGCAGUUGCUAGCUGAUGGUAAUGGUCCUGAUGGUGUCUUGGACCUUGACAAGGCAAAGAUGCAACAGCAGGAGCUUGAGGGAGGCCUGACUAGCCACCAGUCCAUCUAUUCAACUUUAAACAAGACCGGAGAGGGAAUCAUUGGGCAGCUUUCUGUCCCAGACAGCAGCCUCUUGCAGGAGAAACUGAGCGGACUGAAUAAGAGAUGGAAAGCAAUCUCCAGGGAGGUCAGAGAGCGGCAGAACAGACUUAAAGGGGAAGACCACCAACUCACAGAUUUCCUGAAAAGGAUGGAUGAACUGCGUCUCUGGUUAGAAGAGGCAGACUGCACUGUGGAAAAUUUACCAGUGACUGCUACAGACAGAAACUUGAAAGAAUUAAAGGCACUGGCAAAUGAGAUGAAUUCUAAGAAUGAAAAACUGAACUGGCUCAAUAAAAAUGGACCUCAGAUACUGUCAAGCAGAGGCAUGAGCCUGCAAGAAAGAGAUAAACAUGUUACCAAGUUGAGAGCUGUAAAUAUGAACUGGAGCAAGGUAUCCAGGGAGCUUUUGGACACCGUUGGGGAGGUUGAGGUUAACCUCCAAAACCAAAGCCAGUUCCAGGACAAAAUGAACCAGCUCGCUGACUGGGUGAGUGUGAAGCAGCAGAAACUGAGUGGAAGAGGACCCAGUCAGAUGUCUGCUUCAGAGCUUCAGAUGUUGGAGACCACAAUGAAGGAAAGCAAAACAGAGAUGGAAGAUCUUCUUGCCAGAUCUGUUGAUCUUCAGAAAAGGCAGCAGUUACUUCCUCAAGAAAAGAGUAAAGUAGAGCAGCUGGCUGCUGAUUGGAAGACACUUGACUUACUUGUGAAGGAGGUUGUUCAGCAACCUGUUGUCAGCUGUACUCAGCAGGUCACACAGCAGAGGGUCACAGUCCCCUCUGCGGUCCAGAUGGCCAGCCUGGUGACCUCAGAAGCUACCCAUCAGACUAUGCAGAGUCCAGAUCUGGUAGCACCCACAGACCUAAAUGAGACAGCCACAGAGCUUGCUGAUUGGCUGGUUCUGAUAGACCAGAUGCUUAAGUCAAACAUAGUGACUGUAGGGGAUGUAGAUGAGAUCAAAGCCACUAUUGGGCGCCUAAAGAGGACCAAGGCUGAUCUGGAGCAGAGGCACCCUCAGCUGGAGGAUAUCUUUACAUUGGCUCAGAACAUCAAGAAUAAGACUUCUAAUGUAGAUGUACGGACAUUCAUUACAGAGAAAUUGGAACGGGUGCGCAACCAGUGGGACAGCACUCAGCAUGGUGUGGAGACAAGGCUGCAGCAAUUUGAGGAGAUGGUGACUGACAGUAACCAAUGGGAGGAGCAGAGGAGAGAGGUAGAGAUGCUUAUUGGUCGGAACGAGGUGCACCUGCACAACCUUCAACAGCUCUCCAAGGAACCCCUGACCAAACAGCUGGCAGAUUAUAAGAUGUUUUUGCAAGACUUGAACAAGGGACAGAUUACAGUGGCAGCCUUCAAUGAUGUCUCUGGCAAGCUGCUCCGUGACUAUCCAAAUGACGACACCAGGAGGGUGAAGGAGACCACUGACAGGAACAAUAUGGCAUGGAACACGAUAAAUAACAGGGCUAGCGAUAGACAGAGCUUACUGGAUUCUGACAUUAAGAUGCUGCAGACCUCUCUGAAGGAAAUGGAGGGCUUCCUCAAGUGGUUGCAGGAGGCAGAGACCACAGGGAAUGUGCUAGCUGACGCCUCACAGAGGGAGAGUCUUACACAGGACAGUGUCCAUGUCAAAGAGCUAAGAAAUCAACUGGAGGAUAUUCAGGCAGAGAUUGAUGCUCACAAUGACAUCUUUAAGAGCAUCGAUGGCAACAGACAGAAGAUGGUGAAGGCUCUGGGAAGUUCUGAGGAGGCUGUGUUUCUCCAGCACAGAUUGGAUGAUAUGAACCAGCGCUGGAGCGAGCUGAAGGCAAAGUCUGCCAACAUCAGAGCCCAUUUGGAGGCUAGUGCAGAGAGAUGGAGCCGGUUACUGGCUUCACUGGAAGAUCUGUGCAGGUGGCUAAAUCUCAAAGACGAGGGGCUGAAGAAACAGAUGCCGAUAGGAGGAGAUGUCCCAACUUUGCAACAGCAGCACAGCCACUGCACUGCGUUGCACUACGAGCUGAAGGAUAAAGAGCAGGCUGUUCUUAAUGCCUUGGACCAGGCCAGAAUUUUCUUGGCAGAUCAGCCCAUUGAGGGUCCCGAAGAGCCCCAGCAAAACCUGCUACCCAAAGCAGGGCUCACCCCAGAAGAAAAGGCCCAGCGACUCGCCAAAGCCAUCCGCAAGCGGUCUGUAGAGCUGAAGGAGAAGUGGCAGAGGCUGAACGCCCAUGCCGGCAGCUGGCAGCAGCAGGUGGAUAAGGCGCUGGGCAAGCUGCGGGACCUGCAGGGAGCUAUGGAUGAGCUGGAUGUCCACCUGACUGAGACCGAGAGUGUCCGUGCUGGCUGGCAGCCAGUCGGAGACCUCCUCAUUGACUCCUUGCAAGAUCACAUUGACAAAACCACUACAUUCAGAGAAGAAAUUGCCCCAAUGAAACAAGAAGUCAAAAUAGUAAAUGAUUUGUCCAGUCAGCUGGCACCGCUUGAUGUUCCUCUGUCUUCAAACACCUCACGUCAGCUUGAUGACCUGAAUAUGCGUUGGAAACUCUUACAAGUUGCAGUGGAGGAUCGCCUCAAGCAGCUACAGGAAGCCCAUCGGGAUUUCGGACCAUCAUCACAGCAUUUCCUCUCCACUUCAGUUCAGCUUCCAUGGCAGAGAGAUGUAUCCCAUAACAAAGUUCCCUACUACAUCAACCAUCAGACCCAGACUACCUGUUGGGACCAUCCAAAGAUGACAGAGAUGUUCCAGUCUCUUGCUGAUUUGAACAAUGUGCGUUUCUCAGCCUACCGAACGGCAAUGAAGAUCCGAAGGCUACAGAAAGCGCUUUGCUUGGACUUGCUGGACCUUGGUGUGGUGCAGAACAUUUUUGAACAGCACAAAAUUACCCAAAAUGACCAACUUCUGAAUGUCCCAGAUGUAAUUAACUGUUUAACAACCCUUUAUGAUGGGCUGGAGCAGAAUCAUAAGGACUUAGUAAAUGUGCCCCUUUGUGUAGACAUGUGUCUAAACUGGCUGCUGAACGUGUAUGAUACUGGUCGCAGUGGGAAGAUCAGAGUGCUCGCUAUGAAGAUUGGACUGCUGUCUCUUUCCAAGGGGCUAUUGGAAGAAAAAUAUAAAUAUCUUUUUAGACAAGUCGCUGGCCCUACAGAGAUGUGUGACCAGAGGAACUUAGGGCUGCUGCUUCAUGAUGCCAUCCAGAUCCCUCGGCAGCUUGGAGAAGUGGCCGCCUUUGGAGGCAGCAACAUUGAACCCAGCGUCCGCAGCUGCUUCCUGCACACACCAAACAAGGGAGAGAUUGAGCACAAGCAUUUUGUGGACUGGAUGCGCUUGGAGCCGCAGUCUAUGGUCUGGCUUCCUGUCUUGCAUCGCGUUGCUGCAGCGGAGACAGCAAAGCACCAGGCAAAGUGCAACAUCUGUAAAGAGUGUCCGAUUGUCGGAUUCAGGUACCGCAGUCUGAAGCACUUCAACUAUGAUGUCUGCCAAAGCUGUUUCUUUUCGGGACGUACAGCCAAGGGCCAUAAAUUAAACAAUCCAAUGGUGGAAUACUGUACUCCUACAACCUCCGGGGAAGAUGUACGAGAUUUUACAAAGGUACUGAAAAACAAGUUUAGAUCCAAGAAGUACUUUUCGAAACACCCUCGGCUUGGAUACCUGCCAGUCCAGACAGUACUAGAGGGUGAUAACUUGGAAACUCCUGUCACACUCAUCAGUAUGUGUCCGGAGCAGUAUGAACUCUCGCAGUCACCACAACUCUGUCAUGAUGACACUCAUUCCAGGAUAGAGCAUUAUGCAAGCAGGUUGGCACAGAUGGAGAUGUCAAAUGGAUCCCUGCCUACAGACAGCAGCUCCACAACAGGAAGUAUGGAGGACGAGCACAUGUUGAUCCUGCAAUACUGUCAGACGCUGGGUGGAGAGUCGCCCCUCAGCCAGCCCCAGAGCCCAGCACAGAUCCUGCAGGCUGUAGAGAAGGAGGAGCGGGGAGAGCUGGAGCGGGUCAUUGCCAGACUCGAGGAGGAGCAGAGGAAUCUGCAGAUAGAGUACGAGUACCUGAAGGAGCAGCACUGUCUGAAAGGUGCCUCUUCCCUGACCUCCCCCCCACACUCAGUGGCCUCUGGACAGCCGGGCGGCCCAGCGGAGGCAGAACUAUUAGCUGAGGCCAAACUCCUGCGGCAGCACAAAGGCCGGCUUGAAGCCAGGAUGCAGAUUCUGGAGGACCACAACAAGCAACUGGAGUCCCAGCUGCACAGGCUGCGUCAGCUGCUCGAGCAGCCUGAAACUGAUUUCCAAAUAAAUGGAGUUGUGUCCUCUGCUCCCAUUCAGCAUUCUUUCAUCAACUACUCAGUGAAUCAGGAUAUUGGCUCACACUUGGAUCAGGCAGGUGACUUGUUAGUCCCUCCACAUAAUACCGGCACAGCCUUGGCAGAUGUCAUGGAGCAAAUCAAUAACACCUUUCCUGCAUGUAGUCGUUAUGUGAAGUCGUAGCCAUUUAGAAGUGGAACACAAGGCACACCCUCCAGUGGACGAACCACUUUUAUAAAGACAAGAUGUAUUUGCUAAGAAUGGAGACUGCAUUGAAACUUCUGGCUCAUGAGCUGCACGCUUAAGUGUUCUGUCAAAGGAGGGAACUACUGAAGACCCAAAGACAAGGACCAGGACCCCAGCAUUUUAUAUUUUGUCUUUCUUGUACUAUGCAAUUGUAAAUUUAUUAACUGUAGAUUCAGAGUUGGUUAAACAUUUGUUUGUGAUUUGUUUGAAUAUGCAGCAAUUGGAGGAGGGGGCUUUAUAUGUGCCUUUUUGCUAUACUGAGUACGGUUUAGAUACUGUAUAUUGGGGGUUAAACUAUUACAUUUAUACAUUUCAGUGCUUUGCGUUAACACUGUAAAAUGGCUUUCUUUCACUUCUAACGUUGUUACCUUUUUAUGACAAGGUGUGGAUGAAACAGUGUUCUUGAAAACUGCAAGGGUUCUGUGUAAAAAUAUUUUAAACUGUUUCAUAUAUACAUAUAAAGCCCCUGUAUCCUUGUUAUGUGCACGCAUGCACAUACUAAAUGAUGGUGUGCUGUAGAGUGUAUUAUUAUGGUAUCUGUUAUGACAGAAAUGCUUUUGUCAGUUUGAUAUACAGUAUGCUUAGUAUGUUCAAGCCCAUAUAUAUAGAUAUAUAUAUAUAUAUAUAUAUAUAUAUAUAUAUAUAUAUAUUACACACACAUACACACAGAUGAACCAGCUUUAUAUCAUCAGUGCUGUGCAUAGUUCUUGAUAUAAAACGGGUCAUGAAUGAUAUAAACCGAGUUUCACGUUUGCCUAUGACAGUGCAUUACGAGAAAAAAAGACAGGAAACUAACAGUGAAUUAAAGAGCAGUGUUUUAAUACUGUACAUUUAGUAGUUCUUUAUAUUUAAACAAAUGCAUAUACUUUACUACAGGACAAAUAUGUUUUGUGUUAUUAACUGGAACAAAACAGUUUGUGUCAUUAUCUAAAAAAGGCAUGAAUUGUCGACUGAUGAGAGCUAUCAAUUAGGUGGUUUUUUUUUGUGUGUGUGUGAAUUUGUAGAAUACUGACUAUGUUAAAGAAAAAUUUGGUGAUGUUGGGGUUUUGUAAAUUAACUGUGUCCUCGUUAAGACUGCCCACGCCAUGCAGCAUUUGACAGACUACACAAAAUGUCAGUUUAUCAGCCGAGAUGAUUAUUGGUUGUUAGUUGCUUUGGAAAUUUAAUUAUAUCCUGUGGUUAGUAAAGCCUGACCACGCAGCAUUUGACAGGCUGCACAAAACAUGACAAUAAGUGGGUUUGUGAGAUGAUUAAGAGAGGUAAUUUCUCAAAGAACCUAUGGUGCAUGGCGAGUGGUUUUUGAAAAAUCAUGAUAAUAAACGGGGUAUGAUAUUAAGCAAGGUGAUAUAAAACGGGUUUAUCUGUGUGUGAAUGUGUGUGUAAACAUAUAAACAUAAACACACACAUACACAGUUGUAGUCAAAAGUUUACAUACCCCAAUGGAAAUGUAUAAUGUCUAGACAUUUCUCCAAAAACAAAUAACUUUAAGAAAACUCUUUUGUAGCAAAAGUUUUUGCAAAACUCCAAAAAUGCUAAUUCAAAAGUAUUCAUACCCUGAUGAGGAAAAUUAAAUUAAUAUCUAGUUGAGGCACCUUUAGCAAUAAUAACCUCUUUUAAACGAUUAGAAUAUUUGUCAAUGAGCUUUUGGCAUGAUUUUUUUGUGAUUUUUGACCAUUCUUCAACGCAAAAUUGUUCCAGUUCAUUCAAAUUCCGAGGACUUCUUGCGCACAGCCUUCUUCAACUCAUACCAAAAAUUCCCAAUCGGAUUUAGAGCGAGACUUUGACUAGGCCAUUCCAGAACCUUGAUUUUAUUGUUCUUUAACCAUUCUGAAGUAGAUUGUGUGCUUUAAACCAAGUUUUGGUAGCGGAAGGUUUCAGAUGAUUGUCUAAUGUCUUUUGGCAUGCUAUGGAAUCCAUUUACUAUGUAUUGGAACUAAAUUUCCUGUGCCAUUAGAGGAAAAUCAGCCCCAUAGAAGGAUAUUACCAUUUGACAAGUAGGUAUGGUGUUCUUUUCUUUGUAUGCCUCACCAGACUUUCUCCAAACAUAACGACUAUAGCUCGAUUUUUUGUUUGUUUGUUUCAUCACUCCACAAAAUCUUUGACCAGAACUUAUAUACAUCAUUCAAAAGCUGUUUUGCAAACUUUAAGCGAUUGUCCUUGUGACGUUUUCCUUGGCCUGUGACCAUUGAGAUAUUCACCAUGCAAUACUUGACUUAUGGUUGAAAUGGAAACCCCAGGCCUACUUGCAGCCAAUUGACUUUGAAUAUUUUUGGCAGUCAAUCUCGGAUUGUUAUUAACCUUCCUCACAAUUCUUCUACUUGUUCUUGGUGAAAGAACCUUAUUUCUUCUUUCUAGCACCUUGUAGACAAUACUAUCAUAGCAUCAAAGGGUAUGAAUACUUUUUAAUUACUUUUUUGGAGUUUUGCAAAAAAAAAUGCUGAAAUAAAUAAUUGUAGACAACUAUUUCUUGUAACUUUUUUUCCUCCUCCACAACAGCAAAACUUUUGCUACAAAAGAUUUUUCCUAGAAUUCUUUGUUUGAGAAAUUUCUAGAAAUUAUACAUUUCCAUUGGGGUAUGUAAACUUUUGACAAGUAUGUAUGUAUGUGUGUAUGUGUAUAUAUAUAUAUAUAUAUAUAUAUAUAUAUAUAUAUAUAUAUAUAUAUAUAUAUAUAUAUAUAUAUAUAUAUUAACACACAUACAUACACACAUACAUACACACAUACAUACAUACAUAUAUAUCCACACACACACAGGGCAGAACAUCAUAUCCAGGUGCACUUUUAACGGGAAAAAUAAACUUGCCUUACCUUAAAUAUAUAAUACGAUAAAGAAUUUGAAUAUCACUAUGUAACACAAUUUUUGUUCCUGGGUAGUAAGUGUUAUCUCCUAAUUGCUUAUACCUCAAAAGUAUAGAAAAUGGCUAUUAUUCCCCACAAACUUUUGUGACGAGGACAGUGAUAUUUUGAAAUUUACCUAUUUCCAAUAAGAAAACGGGCGAAUUUGUGUCUUUUCGUUCACAAAGUCAGAAAAAAACAACAUAUGAAUCCAAAUUAACAUGUAUUUAUACUAAAGUAAUACAAAAAUGACUACAAAAGAUUUAGAAGUGAGUAGUCUUUUUGGUUUUGGUAGUAUGGGUUUCUCUCCUCAGCUCCACCUCUGAAAUUGUCAUCUGGAUCUACAACGUCUUCCUCGCUCUCUGACUUGCUGCUCUCUUCUAAAGACGGCUGCUCUCUCUCCGGAGGAGUGGGUACAGGGAGCUCAUGGCAGUGUGGCACCGGGGCAAUGGAUGAAGGAAGGUCCGGAUACGUGAUAGCAGGUGCAUUCUUGCCAGUCCGACGUUUGGAAGGGUCCACCAUGCAGAAGUAGCAGUUGCUUGAGUGGUCAGUGGCUUCCCGCCAAAUUCUUGGGAUAGCGAACUUCAUGGCUCUCUUUUCCCCUCUGUACCAUCCUACAAAAAUACAUUUAUUUCACCCAUUACUAAUGUGUAAGAGAUUCUCGCAACAUUUUUCAUAUAUGAAAAUUGUAAAACAUUUUAAAAUGAAAAACUUUUACAAUUUUAAAAAUUUUAACAAAUUUUAUAACAUAAAAUUCCGAGCAACAAUUGUCCAUCUUACCUUCUUUUUUGCAGUGCUCGCAGGUGAAAUGAGGUGCCCAGGGUUUGUCUUGAUCCCCGACAGGCAUGCCGAAAUAUGCCUUGUAGGCCUCACACAUCUUGGCAGAUGCUUCCACGGAGUACUUUUUCGCUCUUGUCUUGAUAAAUUGGCCGCAGACAUAGCAAAAUGCGUCUGCCAGAUGCUUGCAGCCUCAAGAUGCCAUCUCAGAAAAAUGCAGAUAUAUAUCCACUUAGGCAGCUGGAACUAAACUGAACUGGUGGGCUUAAGGCCCCUGUACUUAUACUACUAUUUAUAUUACUGGAAAGUUCUAGAAGUUACUCCAAGUUUACUCAGCACUGAAUCUAUCUGGAAUGUUCUGGAAAAUAGGUAAAUUUCAAAAUAUCACUGUCCUUGUCACAAAAGCAAAGUUUGUGGGGAAUAAUAGCCAUUUUCUAUACUUUUGAGGCAUAAGCAAUUAGGAAAUAACACUUACUACCCAGGAACAAAAAAAAAAAAAAAAUUGUUACACAGUGUAAUGUGUUCUUUCGUUGACUGUCUGGUUGCUCUGUUUUAUGUUCUACAUUUUCUUUUUUGUUACUGUUUUUUUUAUGGUAAAUUACUGUGCUUAUUUAGGCACUCUAUGAUUUGACAGGGGAAAGAUAAUGUAGGUGUAUAGUUCACACACACAAAAAAAAGGUAACCUUUUCACUUGUUAAUGCACGUCUAUUUUUGUUUUUCGCUGUUGUACAUUUUGUUAAUGCAGCUGUUCAUUUUAACCGUUUUUUUGCACAACAGUACUCACACACCAUCAUAACUGUUGCAUGAAACCGGACUGUAAUAAUCCAGCACCUCUGCAUUUAAGCAUUUGUAAUUUUAUAUCAGCUGACAAGUGUUUGGCAUACACAGCUUCUAUACAUGAACCACCAAUAUCUCUCACAAGCACCUGGGUACAUUUUUACGAUAUCAAAACAAAAGAAAUAAGCUUUUUUUUUGGUGCAUGUGUAUAGCUAUUAUGUACUAUAUAUCACCUUAUGGUACAAUAAUACGACAAAAAAUUGACUGAAUGAUAAUACCCGAAAAUCUUAAUAUUUUUUUAAUAAAGUAGCUGGUGCAAAUAUAGUAUUAGGCGGUGGAUUGCACCAAUCGCCGGCUUAUUUUGAAAACCCUGCAUUCACUGUCACUAUUUUUGCUUUGAAAAUAAUCGUUACUUAUUUUAGCAGUCAACGUUUUAGCCUCAAGUGCUUAACACAGAAAACCCGCCCCUUCAGUUCUCUGAUUGGUUAAAUGUUGUGUCAAGAUGUAACACAGCUGUCAUGUGGUUCCAAUAUUUUUUUUUUCACCCAGCAACGUGCAACUGAUCUAGUCUGCUAGAAUCACAAUCAAUCUUUAUUGUUAAAGGCACAGUAGCAUCUGCAAGACGGGCGGAUCGGAUUUGCCCGGCUGAAAAGACCUGGGAAGAACCCUGAGAUUAUAUAUAUAAUCAUAAAACGUAUUAAAUAAUUACAAAACUGAAACAGGCUCUUUGAAAUUCCAGUUGUGCCUAUAUAAAUGUCAUUUUAAAUACCAUAGUGAUAGUAAUACGGAAUACGUGCUCUUUUUAAAUGAACUUUGGAGGCCCAAUAUGAUUUUGUGCGCAUGUUUUUUGUUUUGUGUUUUUAGAUAUGUUUUUAAUCAGAAGAAAGCCAUGACUGCUUUUCUACCUCCGACACAAUUAGUAUUAUGGUUUCUAUUUUGUUGACUUUCGCAAAAGACUUACAGGCUGUUGCACAGACCGAUGAUCUGGAGUAGAAAAACACUCGUAUAGGGAGCCACAGUUUCGUAUAUGUAUCAACUUUGCUUUGACCUUUUAGCCUUUUCCUGACAACGUAUGCGAUGUGUUCUGUGCUAUUCUAUCGAUAUAGUGACAAGUCUUAACACUAUUGUAAACUCCCUCAACUGUGCCCUUGGGUGAUGACGUAGUAAACUUUAUUAAAGAAACUUUGUCAUUUUGAGGUGUGUACUGUAGUGUACACUGAUCAGACUACGUCUAAUAUGGCUACAUAUGUUAAUUCCAAAUAAAGAAAGUAAAAAAAAAGUUUAAAACAAA